AUGGCUCGCCCACGCUCACUGUCUGGUACCAUUCCUUCCAUGGAGACUUCCCAUGAGGAACUGAAAGAAAACACUAUCAUUAUCGUCCUAGGGGCAUCUGGAGAUCUUGCAAAGAAAAAGACUCUUCCAGCUCUCUUUGGUCUUUUCCGUCAAAGUUUUCUCCCCAGAGAUGUGAAGAUCGUUGGCUACGCCCGUACUAAGAUGGAUCAUGCUGAGUUUCUUAAGCGUGGUACCUCGUACCUGAAGAAUCCCAACGAUGAUCCUGAAUUAUCGAAGUCGAUUGACGAUUUCAAGUCGGUACUAUCUUACGUCGCAGGAGACUACGAGGAUGGUAGCGCAUUCGAUAAUUUGAACCAGCAUUUAGAAGAGAUUGAAUCUCACUACCAAUCGAAAGAGUGCAAUCGAAUCUUCUACCUCGCCCUUCCUCCCAGCGUCUUCAUCCCUGUUGCGAAGAACCUAAAGGAACAUUGUUAUGUUACCAAGGGAGGUAUCAACCGUAUCAUCGUCGAAAAGCCUUUCGGGAAGGAUACCGAAUCUGCUCGCGAGCUGCUGGGCUCCUUGAAGAAGUACUGGACGGAAGAUGAGACCUUCCGUAUCGAUCACUACCUCGGGAAAGAAAUGGUUAAAAACCUCCUAGUCCUCCGAUUUGCAAAUGUGGCCAUGAAUGCGGCCUGGGAUAAGAACUCUAUCAGCAACGUACAGAUUACUUUCAAGGAGCCGUUCGGUACAGAGGGACGAGGUGGGUACUUCGAUGAAUUUGGAAUUAUUCGCGACAUUUUGCAGAACCACUUGCUACAAGUUCUAAGUGUUCUCGCAAUGGAACGCCCUGUAUCCUUCGCAGCAGAAGAUAUCCGGGACGAGAAGGUUAAACUCCUUCGUGCUAUUCCACCUAUCGAAAGAGACGACGUCCUUCUCGGCCAAUACGUUUCCGCCAACGGCAAACCCGGCUACCUUGAUGAUGAUACGGUUCCUCGUAAUUCUGUCUGUCCUACCUUCGCUGCUGCCACACUCUGGAUUCACAACCCGAGAUGGGAAGGUGUCCCAUUUAUUCUCAAGGCUGGAAAAGCAUUAAAUGAAGCCAAAGUCGAAGUUCGUAUCCAGUUCAAGGAUGUCACGCAGGGCAUCUUCAAAGACAUUGCUCGGAACGAGCUUGUUAUCCGUAUCCAACCGUCCGAAGCAGUUUACCUGAAACUGAACGCAAAGACGCCCGGAUUAUACACUCGCGCCAUGCCUACCGAAAUGGAUUUAACAUACAAGAGGCGAUUCGUUGAUGCACAGAUACCCGAAGCUUAUGAAGCCCUCAUUCUCGACGCUUUGAAGGGUGAUCACUCCAAUUUUGUUCGUCAUGACGAGUUGGAUGUUGCUUGGAAGAUCUUCACCCCGAUUCUCCACUGGAUCGAUGGGCUUGCUGGGCCACGACCCCGCCCGGUCACCUACCCUUACGGUUCUCGCGGACCUAAAGAGCUCGAUCCGUUCGUCAGUAAAUAUGGAUUCAAACGGGCAAGUGAGGGAUACGUGUGGCCAGUGGUCAGCCUGGCGUCUUUGUAA